AGUAACUGAGAGACAGCUGCCUGCAGUGACUGGGGAUCGGAGAGAGUGACCCCCACGGGCUGCUGGCAUAGUUUACGGGGCAGGGGACCACUGAGACUGUGUCACUGGCACAUGGAGAGCGGACCUGAGUGACAGCCAUACACUGAGUGCGAUCCCAGACCGGGGCUCAGGAUCAGUGACAGCCGGACAGGACCGCGGUGAAAGCCUACAUAGCGUUAGCAGAUUGGGGAUCCGAGGUGUGUCUGCGAGCUGCUGCCGGGUACCGGGAGAUCAUGGAUGUGUCCGGUGUCCCUUUGCUCCUCAUGGUGGCUCUCUGGAUACUGGGGGCAGAAGCAUCUCGUCCCAAAAGCCUUCUUCCCAUCCAACCCGAGCAGGAGCCCUUACCGUCCAAAGCCCAAACAGGUUGUACGUUCGGAGGGAGGUUUUAUUCCUUGGAGGAUUCAUGGCAUCCAGAUCUAGGAGAACCAUUUGGAGUCAUGCACUGUGUGCUGUGCUACUGUGAAGCGCAGAGAAGCCGUCGGGGAAAGCCAUCGGGGAAAGUCACCUGCAAAAACAUCAAACACGACUGCCCUGCUCCCUCUUGUACUAAUCCCAUCCUACUUCCUGGACACUGCUGCAAGACGUGCCCUAAGGUUCCUUCUCCAUCUCCCGUGAAGAAAGAAUUCAUUUUUGAUGGGUAUGAGUAUUUUCAAGAAAAGGAUGAUGACCUUUAUAAUGAUCGCUCUUAUCUGAGCUCAGAUGAUGUCACAGCCGAACACAGUCGAACAGAGUAUGUGGCCCUGCUUACAGCCCCGAGCAAUGUGUGGCCCCCUGUAACCAGCGGUGUUGCCAAAGCCAGAUUCAACCUGCAGCGUUCUAACUUGCUUUUCUCCAUCACUUACAAAUGGCUUGAAAGACUGUCACGUGUUCGCUUCUCUGAUGCUGAAGGCAAUGUGUUGUUUGAGCACCCAGUACACAGAAUGGGAUCCCCACAGAGCGACACGAUCUGCGGGAUGUGGCGAUCUGUCCCCCGUUCGUCUCUGCGUCUACUUCGAAUGGGUCACAUUGUGGUUUCAUUAGUGACAACAACUCUUUCUGAACCUGAAAUUUCUGGCAAGAUUGUUCGCCACAAAGCUUUGUUUUCAGAAUCUUUCAGUGCCCUCCUAACACCAGAAGUUCCUGACAUGGCAGGGGGUGGUGGACUUGCCAUGCUGACGUUAAGUGAUGUAGAUGACAAUCUGCACUUUAUCCUUAUGCUCCGAGGACUGCAAGGAGAACAAGACAGGAUUCCGAUACUUGUACAAAUCCUGCAUCAGAACCAUGUGAUUCGCGAACUCCAUGCCAACAUGACAGCUCAGGACUUAGACUUCGCUGAGGUCUUGCCAGACCUGUCCAGCCGAGAGAUGAUGUGGUUGGCUCACGGAAAGCUUGAGAUUGCUGUGCAGGCAGAGGGAAAGAUCGGACAGCGCUUAUCAGGUUCCAUCACAGUCCGUAAAUCGUGUGACACACUGCAGAGUGUGUUAUCGGGUGGUGAUGCUCUGAACCCAACCAAAACUGGAGCUGUUGGUUCUGGGACUGUUACACUCCAUGAGAAUGGGACAUUGGAAUAUCAGAUCCAGGUUGCUGGUGUCAUGAGUACGGUGACCGCAGUCACUUUGGAGACUAAGCCCCGCCGAAAGACCAAACGCAAUGUUCUGUAUGAUUUGACCAAAGACUAUCAUGAUGGCAAGGUAUGGGGACUCUGGGUAGAUGCUAAUGCCCGUGACCUUCACAUGCUACUUCAAAGUGAACUGUUUUUCAACGUGGCAACAAAUGAUUACCCAGAAGGAGAACUAAGAGGACAGAUAACUCCUCUGCCAUACAGUGGCUUGUGGGCCCGAUAUGAGAAACUCCCGGUUCCACUGGCUGGACAGUUUGUGUCGCCCCCUCUCCGAACUGGAUCUGCAGGUCAUGCAUGGGUGUCUCUGGAUGAGCAUUGCCACCUGCACUAUCAGAUUGUAGUGACGGGUCUGGGACGUGCCGAGGAUGCUGCUCUGAAUGCACAUCUGCAUGGCUUUGCUGAACUGGGAGAGGUCAGCGAGAGCUCCCAGGGACACAAGAGGCUGCUGAAGGGCUUCUAUGGUUCAGAGGCCCAGGGUAGUGUUAAGGACCUUGAUUUGGAACUGUUUGGUCAUCUGAACCGAGGAACCGCAUUUAUCCAAGUGAGCACCAAGCUGAACCCAAGAGGAGAGAUUCGGGGUCGGGUACACAUCCCUAACACGUGUGAGUCUGGUGGAGUGUCUUUGUCUCCAGAUGAAUCCGAGUACGAGUAUGAGCUAUACGAGGAGGGUCGCCAGAAAGACCCUGAAGACCUACGGAAGGACCCUAGAGCUUGCUAUUUUGAAGGUCAACUGAGGGCUCACGGUUCUCGAUGGGCACCGGAUUACGACAGGAAGUGCUCUGUGUGCAGCUGUCAGAAACGCACUGUGAUCUGUGACCCUAUUAUAUGCCAACCUCUGAAUUGCUCCCAGCCUGUCCACUUGUCUGACCAGUGCUGCCCAGUGUGUGAGGAAAGGAAAGAGAGCAAAGAAUUGAAGAAACCCGAAAGGACCCGAGUAGCAAAUGAGGGCUGUUAUUUUGAUGGUGACCGAUCAUGGAAAGCAGCUGGCACACGUUGGCAUCCUGUGGUUCCUCCUUUUGGACUGAUUAAAUGUGCAAUCUGUACUUGCAAGGGCUCCACUGGCGAAGUGCAUUGUGAGAAGGUAACCUGCCCAAGGCUCACCUGUGCCAACCCUAUCCGUGCUAACCCAUCUGACUGCUGCAAACAAUGCCCAGUGGAAGAACGGAGCCCACUGGAAUUAUCAGAUAGCAUGCAAUCAGAUGGUCCUCGGUCAUGCAAAUUUGGACGUCAUUGGUACCCAAACAAUGAGAGGUGGCAUCCAACUGUGCCCCCUUUUGGAGAGAUGAAGUGCAUCACAUGUGCUUGUGUGGAUGGUGUCACUCAGUGUCAAAGACAGGAAUGCACAGCUGCUUCAUGUACUACUGGAAAGCGUGACAACAAGUGCUGCCCCAAGUGCAAAGAUGCAAGUCAAGAUGAGGAAGACAAGGUGAAAUCAGAAGAGCCAAGAAGUACAUGGAGUUAUUAGCCUUAUGGACAAGAGAGACAGGAGGACUGAAAAUUCAUGCCCACACUGACACACCUGGGUGCUCUCUCAAUAGUUUUGUCCCAUGCUGUGAUGCCAUAGCUCUAGUGUCUCCUGUUUUAUUUUCUUGGACACUGUGAGGACGUAGGAUCCAAUGGAACCAAAAUGACAUGACUCCUGUGAGUCCAUCUUUCAAAACUCUCAGCCCGCUCUGAUAGAAGCUGCUCCCAAUCGAGGCUUACCAGGAUUUCAAGGAUAAAAAUCUGCUUUGCUGAGAUAAUCAGCAGGAUCACUGAAACAGCAUGCGGGGCUGUAAUAUGCUGAGCAGAUGUGGAUGUAAUGACCUGCUCUGCAGGUCAGGAUGAAAAUUUUUAAGUGACAGACAAUUGCAUUGUGACUGUGGAGAAGGCGGUGUGUGUGCACAUGUGUUUCUUUAUAUAGUUAGUGUGGGUGUUAUAUAAUAAGCGUAUGAACACACACACAUCUCUCCAGUCCCCGUGCACACUUUGGGGAAACUUGUCUUGUACUAUUUAUGAUGUUUUUUUAGUGGGUACCACCACUACAUUAAUUAUUAAGGAUGGUCGUAUUUAUUGAAUGAAAAUAAACUACAGAAAAAAUA